AUGGGGGAUAGUCAAUACUCGUUUUCUCUCACCACGUUCAGUCCAUCAGGGAAGCUGGUUCAGAUUGAACAUGCCCUAACAGCUGUUGGUUCAGGCCAAACGUCAUUGGGAAUCAAAGCCUCAAACGGAGUUGUCAUUGCAACAGAGAAGAAACUUCCCUCUAUAUUGGUUGAUGAAGCGUCUGUUCAGAAGAUUCAACAUUUGACUCCCAACAUUGGAGUUGUAUACAGUGGUAUGGGUCCUGAUUUCCGAGUGCUUGUGCGAAAGAGUAGGAAGCAAGCUGAGCAAUAUAACCGAUUGUACAAGGAACCCAUCCCUGUCACACAACUUGUAAGGGAAACUGCUACAGUGAUGCAAGAGUUCACUCAAUCGGGUGGUGUUAGGCCGUUUGGAGUUUCUCUACUAGUGGCUGGGUAUGAUGACAAGGGUCCUCAAUUGUAUCAGGUGGAUCCGUCUGGCUCUUAUUUCUCAUGGAAAGCUUCGGCAAUGGGAAAGAAUGUUUCGAACGCAAAGACAUUUCUUGAGAAGAGGUACACGGAAGACAUGGAACUUGACGAUGCCAUUCACACGGCAAUAUUGACAUUGAAGGAAGGUUUCGAGGGCGAAAUCUCAAGCAAAAACAUCGAGAUUGGCAAAAUCGGUGCUGACAAAGUGUUUAGGGUACUAACACCAGCAGAAAUCGACGAUUACUUGGCUGAAGUCGAGUAA